AUGGAGGAGAUCAAAGCAAAGUAUAUUAUUAGUGAUUUUAAGGAGAAAUCAGGAAAAAGGAAACUUCUGAAGUUUGAAUCUAUUGACUUGGAUAUUUACAAGCCCUCAGCACAUUGCGCCUCAUUCCUGACAUCACCAGAUCGAAUCCAUUACUGGAUCUACUCUUUCCAACAAAGAUAUUAUGAAACACUCAAGGACAGCACACACUUCAAAGUAAUAUGGAUUGACCAUGAAGAAUCUUCUGGUACAACCCCCUUUCAAGACAUCGAAAUCAAGAUUUUGAGUAUCGCUGAAGAUCAUCCACACGCGAGCGGUGACCUAAGCCAGUCUGCCUCUCAUGAUGAUGAAACUAAAUCUACCCUAAUCACAAUUCACGCAUAUCUGACGACUGGAGUUAUUAUGUUCCAGGGAAUUGCUUACAAACUGUGGGCAGAACAUGAAUUCCCUCUACUAAAGGAUUUCACAGACACAUCAGUUGACCAAGCUCCGCAGGAGCCUUUAUUCACGUUUGAAGAUACCGAACUCCUUUUCAAGAACCUGGAUACGGCGGUCUUGUGCCUACCUACAAACAAAACAAAAUCUCUGAAGAAGAGGAAAGCCGACCAACCUGGCACAUGCACCGAACAGUUCGACCAUGCUUUCCCCACUAAUCUGAAAACAAAAUCAGAUAUCGGUGAAGACAACAUGGCCAGUUGCGCAACACCUCAGCCCCGGAAGAGAAGGAAUUCGCUUGACUCCCUAUUAACCCCCAGACAAAGCAACAGCAUCGCAACUCUGAAAGAAUUAAUCAGCAAAAUCGAAGCGGAUGUGGCAGAACUCAGAAACGCAAACGAUCAUCACAUCGAGGAACAAGUAUUCGCACUAGAAGACAAAAUCACACAAAUGGGAAACUCAACCAAAGUAGAUUCUCAGACCCUUCAUUCUAGGAUGCAGGACCUGGAAACUGAAAAUGAAUUCCUUAAAGCAGAAAACGCCAAAAUGAAAUCGGAGAAUUCUAAACUCAAAGCGGACAUACACUUUAUUAAAUCAGAAAUCAAGCAAAUUAAGUGCCUUCUGCAAUCCAACAACUCUUCAGAAAAUAGCACUGGCAGUAAUACAAUCAAUGGCCCAGCAGGGCGUUCUGAUCUGUCUGAUCACAAUAGCCAGUCUCUACCGACAAUGGAAACAAAUCCCCCCUCGGAACAAUCUCAAUAUCCAGAAGAUGCCUCACUUCCUUUAUCAAACAGUUUCUCAGGUCUGAUGGAUGACGAUCCAGGUGACGGCGAUAUCCACACGGCUUCACCUUCGCAUUCACCUAAUGAUGUCCGUCACGCCAUUCAGGAAAUCCUCACCAGGAAAGAAAACGAAAAAUCCCAAACAAAUCGCCCUCCUCAGCAUGAGAAAAACCAGUCCACCAUCAAUUCAAUCAUCAUGCUAAUUGACUCUAAUGGCAAAUACAUUGAUUGUGAGCGCUUCAGUCCGAGAACCCCUACCCACCAAUAUUUCACACCAACUAUUACAUCAGCCACUGAUCUUCUUACAACAAAUGAUCUC